CUGCCAGGAGAUGAUCGCACUCUCGGAUUUCUCAUCCCAACUACUGUGUCACAAAUGCCCUGGACGUCUGAAUUUCAACUCGACCAAUCUUCUCGAACCAUCCGUCUGGUGCCGGAAGACAGCACUGAUCUUGUCACCUCCAGCGCCGUUGCGAUGACCAAGCUUUUGAGAGCAGCUCAAGACGCAGGCUCAUUCACGAAACUUUCUAACUGGCCAGGCGAGAAAUUUCCGAUUCUUGGUGCGCCUUUCCCAUUUGCAAUUGACCGAGCAAUUGCGCCGUACUUCGGAAUUGUUUCAACCGGCGUCCAACUAAAUGUCUUCUCGCGGGGUGAGAGUGGGUCGAUUGCGAGUAUCUGGAUCGCUCGGCGUGACGCCAACAAACCCAUGUACGCUGGUAUGCUAGACAACGCCGUGGGAGGGGCUGUCAAACAUGGUGAGAUGCCGUUCGAAAGCCUUGUGCGCGAGGCGGAGGAGGAGCUAAGAAUGGACGCCAAGGCCGCCGUGUCCGGUGGGACUGUAUCUUGGUUCAACAUCAAAGAUACAAGAUCGGGCAUUCAUCCGGGCCCGGUGGAGUCUGGUGUCCAGUAUGUUUACGACCUGGAAGUGGACACCGCAACUGUGCUGCAUCCUGCAGAGGCGGGAAUCGAUUGGCUGCGGUUGCUCAGUGUCGGUGAAGUAAAGGCCGCUCUUGACCGGCGCGAGUUUAAGCCUAGUUGCGCAUGUGUGAUGAUAGACUUCUUUGUGCGGCAUGGCAUUAUCAAUGCCGACAACGAUAGGGACUUUGCCGAGAUUGUAUCUAGAUUGCAUCGUAGGCUGCUAUUGCCUACAACUUAUCCACAGAAGGUUGGGUUAUAUUAG